GUGCCAUAACGUUUUCAAUCGUUCACCAAUUCGUUUCGAUUUCACAAAGCAAAACAAGAAAUUCACAAAAUAAUAUAUAUUUUUUAAUAAUAAUAGUGAAAAGAAAGUAACCCUAAAAUGGGUGGACUAAGCGAAUGUGCUUUAGAUCGCCAUUUUGCAGCACAAUUGCGUGUUAUUAGCAAUUUGAAAGUGAAUAAACUAAGAAAGUCGGACCAUGGGAUCACUCAGCAGUGGCUUAAAAUCUUCAGUCAGGUUUCUGGGCAAGAGAAGUAUGCCCGCAACUGCCUAAUGCUGUUAAUGUAUGGCCAAUUGAAGGAAAUGGGUCGUUUGGGUAAACCAUUCACUGACCCCAGGAACACACAAAGACAUCUGGAUGAUGUCCUUAGCGAAUAUAAUGGUAAAAUUUAUAUGGCCAAACCAGAUAGCAAAGAUAAUGACGAUGCGCUAACUAAUAUGGCAUGCUGUGGCGAUAUAUCCCAUACAACUGAGGAUGAUCAUCUGUCGCACAAAUUGGACCAUAAGAUCUCAAGUAUUAAGGAUCUUUGGCAGGCGAAUCAAAAAUUUAUCAAGGAAAUUGAUUUAUUGCAUUCGCAGACAUCAGAUCUAGCAUUGGAUAGCAAAAAUCGUAAACUGAAUACGCAAAAACAAAUAUCAUUUCAAUUGCCCAAUUCUACAAAGACAAAGGGGGAGAAUAAUCCAGACAUAAUGUCCGAUAUCUGGAAAUCAUCCAUGCAGGCCAUGAAUCGACUAAAAAAGUGGACUGGACCCAAUGAACAAAUUGACUUUCUUUCCACAUGUUUGCAACAUGAAAUAAACAACAUGCCCGAACUGCAAGAACAAGUUGCCAAACUGGAUCGUCAUUUCGAGCAUGUGGUAAACUUUUUAAUUGAGCAGACAUGUGAGCGCCAUGACAAGAACAUGAUGAACCUGUACGAUCGGUUAUUUAAACAGCAAAAGGAACUGCAACAGGUCAAAGAGGAGCACUUGCGUCAAUUGAACCACAUGCUGGAAUAUCAGAAUAGACAAAAACAAAUUAGCGACGAGCAAUUCAUGUGGGAGAAAAAUGCAAACCGCACAGCCAGAGCAACUACUGAUCGUUAUGGCCACAAAAAUUCCAAAACUCAAAUCGAAUCCGAAUAUCAACAAUGUUAUCCCAAUGAUGUGCAAACAACUGAAAUGAACUUCAAUGCCAACAAUAAUGUUGGGGAUCAACCGAUGGGUCAGCCUAUGUAUGACAAUGGAAGCUGCAGCUAUUGUAAGGCUCGCAGUCAAUAGAGACUAUGUGUGGGCAUCACAUAUACGAUUAGUUUGGAUUUUUCCAAUGUGAUGUGUGGGCAUCACAUAUACGAUUAGUUUGGACUUUUCCAAUUGCCGUUUUUCAUCUAUUUUCUAUCUUGAUUUUCAAUUUUCUUUUCACAAAUGUGUUUUCCAAAUCAAUAAAUCGUUGAGUUUCUUGGCA